AGUUCCAUGGAGACUCGUCGGCACUCGUCUGUGCCCGUCCGAUGGGAGGCGGAAGAGGACAGUGAAAGAAAAAAGAAAUAAAUGAGUAAUUUCAUGGGACAAGGGGAAAUGGUCUUGUUUGUUUUGGACGAUUAGUGUGGCUGAUGCACAAAUAAUUAACGGAAAUAUUGAUCAAACAAAUGCUAAACAAAUUACUCAUGUAGAAAGGAGACCCAGGGUUGUUAGGAUUGAGGUGAAUCGACUGUCAGUUGUCAUUUAUCCUGUGAACGAGGAAGAACUAAAACAAUUCAACCGGAGAUCAAUUAAAAAUGGCUGCAACUCUGAAGAAACAGAUUGCCUCUCGCAAAAAGGGUCCCCAGAGAGUGGAACUAACCGAGGAUCAGAAAUCAGACAUCAAAGAGGCCUUCGACCUCUUCGAUCCAGAUGGCACAGGAAAGAUACCAACAAAAGAGUUGAAGGUGGUCCUUCGUGCUCUUGGAUUUGAGCCCAAAAAGGAGGAGCUGAAGAAACUGGUGGCCGACGCUGACCCCGAUGGCAUCGGAAAACUCUCCUUCGAGGAGUUCCUUAACAUAAUGACCCUCAAGAUGGGGGAGAAGGAUACGAAGGAGGAGAUUCUGCGAGCAUUCAGGCUCUUCGAUGAUGAUGACACUGGAAAGAUAACUUUCAAGAACCUGAAGAGAGUUGCCAAGGAGCUGGGGGAGAAUCUGACUGAUGAGGAGCUGCAGGAGAUGAUUGAUGAGGCAGAUAGAGAUGGAGAUGGGGAGAUAUCGCAGGAGGAAUUCAUGAGAAUCAUGAGGAAGACCUGCACCUUCUGAUUGUCUUUCCUGGGAUUUUCUGAUAAGAAUUUUUAUAACUUUGAUGGUCAUGAUUCCAUGAUUCCAAUCAUUGAAAAUCACCUGCCUAAUUGAUAAUUAAUGAUAAUGUCCAAUAUAAUUGAAUGGUUUUGUGUUUCGUGUGCCUUCAAUUAAUCAGUAUUUUUUGUAUUUAUUUGUAUCAAUUCAUAAUCAAUGGAAAUAUAUU